AUGAGUCGUUCCCGAUAUAUGGCGACGGCGGGCAAAAAGAAUGAGUUUCUUUGUAUUAUACCUGAUCGACCAAAUAUUUCGAGUCUGAGAAAGACGGUUAAGCGCGGUCACUACGAAGGAAUCCAGCCCUUGAUCGCCCAGGGCAAGCUUGUGGCCGGAGGAGCCAUCUUCAAGGAACAUCCGGAAGGAGGAAAAGAAGCGCAAUUCAAAGGAAGUGUGAUUGUAUAUACAGGCAAAGAUGCUGAAGAAGUCCGCGACAUCAUCAGUAAGGAUAUAUACGCCACUAGCGGGGUAUGGGAUCUCAAGAAAAUACAGAUCUUUCCCUAUGUGCCCGCCGUUCGACUGCCUCUUCCCAAGUCAUGUUGA